GCAUUGCGAGAGGCCGGCGCAGGCCAAUGGCGGGUUGGUGCACGCACUAUGGGUUGUGCGCGUGCGCAAAGGGGCCAGGUGGUUUGCUGGGGAUUCAUGUGGAGGUCAGCGUUGCCCCGAGAGUUGAGCUAAGCAAGUGUGACUUCUUUUUAGGAACGCAGAAGCAGAAUUUAAACUGACCCAAUGACUGCCAGGAUCUUUGAGACCAUUGGAAAACUCGGCCUGGGAUUGGCUGUUGCUGGUGGAGUUGUCAACUCUGCUCUUUAUAAUGUGGAUGCAGGCCACAGGGCUGUCAUCUUUGACCGAUUCCGAGGUGUUCAGGACAUAGUGGUAGGAGAAGGAACCCACUUUCUCAUCCCCUGGGUGCAGAAGCCAAUCAUCUUCGACUGCCGCUCCCGCCCCCGCAAUCUUCCCGUCGUCACUGGCAGCAAAGAUCUACAGAAUGUGAAUAUCACACUGAGAAUCUUGUUCAGGCCGGUGGCUGCACAGCUUCCCCGGAUUUUCACCACCAUCGGCGAGGACUAUGAUGAGCGAGUGUUGCCUUCCAUCACAACUGAGAUCUUGAAAUCUGUGGUGGCUCGUUUUGAUGCUGGAGAGCUGAUUACACAGAGAGAGCUGGUUUCUAGGCAAGUGAGUGAAGACCUCACAGAAAGAGCAGCAACAUUUGGUCUUAUCCUAGAUGAUGUUUCUUUGACGCAUUUGACCUUUGGGAAGGAAUUCACAGAAGCCGUAGAACUUAAGCAAGUAGCCCAACAAGAAGCCGAGAGGGCCAGGUUCAUCGUGGAAAAGGCAGAGCAACAGAAGAAAGCCGCUAUCAUCUCAGCUGAGGGGGACUCAAAGGCUGCUGAGCUCAUUGCCAGUUCACUGACUUCAGCAGGCGACGGCCUCAUUGAGUUGCGUAAACUCGAAGCCGCUGAAGACAUCGCUUACCAGCUCUCACGAUCCCGCAACAUCACCUACCUGCCAUCAGGACCGUCCAUGUUGCUCCAGCUACCCCAAUGAGUGUCGUCUUGGUCCCCAUUCCCACUCCUUUUUUUCUACUGUUCCCUUGAAAAUAACAGAUUAGUCCAAAGUAAUCACUGAGGUUUCCCAAUUUUUCAAGUUGAAAAACACAGGGAAUGAAAAUGGAUUUAAUAUCUCUUAAUCUAAUAGAGGCAAUCAGUUGGCCUCUCCCCUCCUAGAACAUCUUUUAGCAGAUCAGUUUUGAGAGCCAAGGAGAUAAACUGGGGGGUGGUUAGGCAACGAGAGGGUGUGCUUUGUAUUAACUGACUUAAGGAGGAGCCCAGUUCAUCCCCCUGAGAAAAGGAUGCAUUUAGGGAGCUUUUUCUCUAUCUUUCCCUGCCAAAUCCAACAUCAUACAGGUGUCUCUGCUGAGGAAGCUUUCUUCACCUAAUGCCUAGCUCUGCUCUGAGGCACACUUUGAACUGUAAUGGGCACAUUAUGAAACCUGAGAGCGUUUCAGCUCUGUGCAGAGCUGAGAGUAGAAUGUUCCCACAUGUGUUAUUACCGCUCUUUUGGGCCUUGACCCGUCUCUCUUGCUCUCUUUUUUCUUUGGGACAACUAUCCCCCCACCUCUCUUUAAUGCUGCAUCCACAUGGCUGUUAUCUAUCCUUGUGGAGAAAAAGGACUGAUCUAGCAAAUUGCAGACAUUGGCUCAUAUGCCUGAAAUUCCAGGUUUAAGAGGGGUACGGCAGGUUUAUUACACUGAUAGCCUGAUGCUAGCACACAUUCAUUAAUGUAUUAUCAGGUCUCUUAAUUUCUUUGAAGGAAGUUCACUUAGCAGUGAAGCUGCAAAAGAUGAGAUUGUAUUAACCAGCUUUCAAUAAAUGAAUAAAACGUC